GAAAUACUAGUCAGCCAGCCUUACCCCCAUCGUACACACAUCUCAAGCAACAGCACGCUCUCUUGUUAUACAAUUUUUUGAUAACAGCCAUGUCCGGAGUUUUGGAGAAAGCGUUGUUGCUGAAACCUGAGAUACGCCUUGCUCAGGCUGUCUCCGAGUUCGAAGCUGACCUCUCAACCGAGCAAAAAGCCACAUUCCGUACACUGAAAUCGCAGUCACAAUCGAAUACGCCUGACCCAAGCGAUGUCAUGCGAUUGACAGCAGAGAUGGACCGCUCUAUAUCGAUUAAAUACAGCAGUCGAUGUUUUGGGCCACGCUUUACCAACUUCCUUCAAGGUGUCCAGCAGUUUGCUGCGCUCGGAGAUGUCGUGGUUGGGGGUUCGCAAAAUUUGAUAGCAUGCGGUGUGUGGUCGCUGGUGCGCAUGUCUUUACUUUCAAUCAUAAGCUUGUCAUCAUACAUCGAUAAGCUUUCCUCGAUGUUCAUGGCCAUUGGUCGCGCUGCGCCGCGUUAUCAGGCAAUGGCUCUGUUGUAUCCUCGAUCCAAGAAACUCCAAUCACACCUUGCAGAGUAUUUCAUCUUGGUAGUAAAGCUCUGUCAUUAUCUAUUCAAGUAUGAACAAAAGUCCUCUGUCCGGCAGUUCACAUCUUCACUGAACGAUACACUCCUAAAAACACUUCAAACAGACCUUGACAAGUGGGCAAACUCUAUAAAGGAAGAGGUGAAUUUGAAUGAAGCUCAAGAGAACUCAAGGUCCAGGGCUUUUACUAUGGAAAUAUUUAAAUCUAGCACGCUUCAGCGGAGACACGAAACCAAAAUGCGAGUACUAAAUUUCUGCUCCAAAUUCGACCACGAAACAGCUUGGAAACAAAUCAGGAAACUUGGUAACUCUUCGUUUCACACGCAAAGCGCAGAGUAUCAAGAAUGGAAAACUGGAUCGCUUCCUGGAACAAUAAUUUUUACAGGCAAGCUAGGAUCAGGGAAAUCUGUGCUACUGGCCAACAUCGUGGACGAUCUCAAUCUCACCACUGGAAAGGAUCAGUCUACUGUAGCAUAUUUCUUCUGCAAAUACGAUAUCUUGGGAAGCUUGCAGACACGAACGAUUCUCGGCUCGUUAGUACGACAGCUGUUGUCUUCCAUCCCGGACCUCGGAGCAAUCGCGAAGCGCUACGAAAAUUCUCAAGGCAGAGAAUUUGAUAUCGAAGAGCUAUUUGAAAUUUUGUUUCAAGGUUUUACUUCGCGUCAGAAAGCAUAUCUCGUCAUUGAUGGCCUGGACGAAUGCGACUUCGCGCAAAAGGAGAUACUAAUACAAGCCAUUCAGAGAAUCCAAGAAACACUCAAAGUCUGGAUAUACGACAAUCCGGAUAUCGAGGCUUUCAUUGAAACGGAACUAGGACAUUGUCUCAGCGAAAGAAAAAUGACAAUUGGCGAUCCAACUUUGAUACUGGAAAUCCAGGAUGCUCUCCUAAAUGGCUCUCAAGGAAUGUUUCUCUGGGUAGCUCUUCAGAUACAGACUUUAUGCAAAAUGAAGACUGAUUAUGCCAUGCGGGAAGCACUAGCAAAUUUACCAAGAGAUCUUUCGGAGACUUUUUCGAGAAUCUUAAGUGAUUCUGGACGUUCAGAUCCAUCGCUUCAAGCAAAGGUCCUGCAACUUGUCCUUGCAGCUAAUCGACCAUUGACGACGAUUGAACUGCGCGAGGCUUUGAGCGUCACUCCUGGAGAUGCUACCUGGGAUCCUUCUAGGCUCUUGCACAAUGUAUACUCGGCGCUGGCUUGCUGUGGGUGCCUUCUUGCUGUCGACGAGGAAGAGUUUACAGUUCGAUUUAUCCAUCACAGCGUCAAGCAGUACAUUGUCGGUGGACUCAAUGGCAUUAUGCCCGCAAGAUUUACCCUUAGAGAUGCGAAAAAAAUCAUGGCAAACAUUAUUGUCACGUAUCUCAACUAUGGCGUCUUCGGAACUGAGAUAUCGAAAACAAAAGUCCUCCCAAUUAUGGCACAAUCCGCGCCAUCCAAGAUCUUACAAGCCACCUUGGACCCUUCUAGCAGUACACGCCACCUAGCUAUGAAAUUUCUCAAAUCAAGACGGCAGCCUACCUUUGAUUUGAGCAAAAUGAUUGCAGAGACGCUCAAUUCAUGUCACUCCGAAAGCAAUAGCUCGUUCAACUUUUACGAAUAUGCAAAUAAAAAUUGGCUAGAGUAUUUGAACCAUGUAUCGGGACAAGACGCGGCCAUGUUCAAACUUUCUUCGAAGUUGAUUCAUAGUCGGGCAUCCGCGGUCAACAUCUCGGACGAUGAUCAGUGGGAGUUCAUGAUAGGUGCUUGCAAUUGCGAGAACA